UAUGCUGAAGGAGACAAGCUGCGGAGAUGCCCCCGUUGCAGGGCUGCGUUUAGCACCAAGUUCCUCGUGCCGCGGAGCUGGUGGACGACGUUGGCGAGGAGGUCGAACGGGUACUUUGGGUAUCAGGAUGUUGUUGACGAUAGCGGGCAGAGAACAGGGACAAUCACCUGGACGCGCUUCAUGGUCAAGCGCAUAAGCAAAGUCCUCGACAGGCACGGCCACGACGAGAUCCAGUACCACUGGGUCAAGCUCAACGCCUUCACGCGGUGGCACGCGUCUUCUCGCAGCAACCGGACCGAAGUCGUCCUUUUUGACCACCCGCAGUUUGCGCGGCUCGUGGGCGCCUCGCUGCUGCGGGACGUGAACCCCCGGGAGCUGGGCGACCCGUUCUGGGUGUUCCCCAGCAUGGUGGACGAGAUGGUGCAGCUGCAUGACGUUACCAUCUGGGAGUCGCGCAACCUGAUUCGGGAUUUCGAGAAGAGGAGGGCGUUUUAUCGGUUCCAGCACAGUUAUCUGCAUGAGAUCCCGCGGCACCUGACGCAUGUCAACGAGACGGUGUAUGUGACCGAGUCGGUGCUUGAUAGCAUUGAGAAGAGCCACAAUCACUUUCUCAACACCAACGCGGGAAGACCGGCGGCGCUGCCCAACCUCGUGUUUCUCAAUAUCCAGCGCAGGCUGGACGCCUUCCACAGCAUGCUGACCAACCUCCGGCACCGGGCAGAGUCCAACAGCGCGCGCAUCACAAACGAAAUGGCGCUCACGUACAACGACGCCGCGCGGGUGGACUCGUCGGCGAUGCGGGCGAUUUCGCUGGUAGGGCUGGUGUUCUUGCCGGCGGCGUUUGUGGCGGCGAUUUUCAGCACGUCGUUUUUCAACUUUGAUGCCCCGACGGGGGUGUGGCGGCUUUCGGGCCAGUUUUGGAUAUACUGGGCGGUUACGGUGCCGUUGACUGCGUUGACGGUUGUUUCGUGGUUUUGGGGGACGUGGUGCUUGGAUCGGGUUUGGCCGGGGUGGAGGAGGUGGGUUGAGUGA